UACAAGUAUAAAAAUCACGAGAUUUAGACUACAGCAAUGGCUGUGUCGGCUGGAUAGGACUUGAGGAAGCCCUCAAGAAACCUCAGACCGACAAACGAUUAAUGCAUCAAGACUACCUGGCAUAAAUAUUAGUUCUUGAUCGUCAUCUUUUCACCUCAAAACAACAUACCCAACAGCCAGAAAAUUGAAAAAAAGAAAAGAUGGGAAAUUGUGUGUUCAGAGGAUUUGGAGAAAUGGAAGAAAUGAUAAGAGUGGUUACUUCAAACGGGGGGAUAAUGGAGCUCUACGCACCCAUCACCGCUGAAAACAUAACCAACGAGUUCCCUGGCCACGCCAUAUAUCGCACACGUGACUUCUUCUCUCAACCUCUUCUACACACCGAAGAGCUCCACGCAGGUAACUUGUAUUAUCUCCUGCCACUCAACGAUAAGUUCACAAGACAAAACGCCAAUCUAUCCUCCUCUUCGUCAUCUUUAGUGGCACCCUACCGCAUGUCACUUGAUAAUCAAAAGAUAUUGAAGAGAAGUGAGUCUGAAGUGCUGCCAAGGUAUAAUAGCAGCGGGGUUUGGAAGGUUAAGUUGGUUAUAAGUCCAGAGCAGUUGGCAGAGAUACUGGCACAGGAGGCCCGAACAGAAGCGUUGAUUGAGAGCGUGAGGACAGUGGCUAAGUGUGGCAAUGCUGUGGCUUCUUCGGUGGCCAAUUCUGAUCAGUGGAGUGUGUCUAGUAGUUGGAAGGGACUGUCAGAUAAACAUGUUGUGGAUACUUAGUGCUGUGCACCCAAAUUAUAUAUCUUUUAUUUGUAUCUGUAUUUAGCUUCUACUGAAUUUCAUUGUUUAAGAUUAAUGUAGUAAAUUAGUAGCUUUAAUGUCUAGUAAUUAAUAAUUUUGCAUGCGAAUUCAAGUAA